AUUCCCGAGUCACGUUAUCUUGCGUUGCGCAUCGGCUCUUAAUACACGGUGUCAGGCGAACGAAUGUAGCGAACGUUUCGAAAGAUGUCAGAUGGUACGAACCGUCGAACCGCGCGAAUAACACCUGCUGAUUAUCAUCAUUAAUCGCCGCCGCGGAGGUGACGGUGCUCGAUGUGUCGUCACGCGAUUUAAACGACCUAAUUCACGACAUCGCCAUUCUACGACGAAAUGCCUCCUCGUGGCUGCGAAUAAACGUUGGACUUUGUUUGCGAAUUCCGGGAACCACUUGACUCAAUGCUGUGGCAUUCGCUGAUAAGCCACCAGCUCGACGACAGCCUUUAGCUCUCCUCCAGCAACACCGGAACGAUGAGCAGCAAACACAGUCCGGGUAGGAUCACCUUGGGGAUGAUGAAGGGCAAGCCGAUCACCACGUCCGUGCCGGUGAUCCACUACCGAGCCAAUGACGACGAACUGGAGGAGCUGUACCCGAGCUCCUCGGACGAGGAAAAACUCCCCACCCCGGAAUCCGACAAGGCGAGGAUCCCGUCGAGCCCUUCCAAGAGCAGCUACAACGGCCAAGAGAACGAGUCAGGGAGACGCUCCGCCGACAGCAACUUAUCGGAAGGCACUCCGCCAUCCUCGGAUCCAUGGAAGAUGCUGUCGGAGAUCAAGGGGAAGAUCACCAAGACGUUCGAGGCGAAGCUCUCCGAGAUGAAGAGCGACAAGAAGAAGAAGAAGCGUCUCAACAAGGACAACUCCAGCAUCAGCGAUUCCGAGGACUUUGGUGACGUCACGCCGACCGACGAGAACGUCAACGAGAAGCAGGAGAAGGGAUCGGGCGAGGUUCCUCAUCGUAAGAGCAACACCUCGAGAUUCGUGGGCUUCUCGCAGGUGAGAACCGGCUUGAAGACCAAGAGCUCUCAGGACGACAGUGUGGAGAGCGGCGUGGAGGCUGCCGAAUUCCCCGAGGAUGUACCGGAGCCGCUGCCUCUCGAGUCCCAGGGUGAUUUUAACACCGAGGACAAGAGGAGCGACCUCUUCAGCCAGCCGGACGGUUACGUCCCGAUGAAACGGGAAGUGACGUUCGGCGAGCUGCUCUCCCGCCUGAAGGAUCGCGUACUGCGCCAGCUGACGAAGCAGCUUACCGCACUGAUAUGCCUCGUGUUGGCUUCCUGCUACCUCCUUCCGCUGCCCGCGCACCUGCUCGGCUUCUCCAUAGGAGUCUUCGCCACGUUGACGACGUACAAGUUCGUGCAGAGGAUCAAGGAGGUCCUGGCGACGCCGUUGGAGACCGAGCCCGCGCAUACGGUGGUGCCCGUGCUGGAGAUACCCGCGGCGGAGGAGCACGCGGUCCAAGAAAGAUACGAAGGAUGGCUGAACGAAUUGCCGUACACUUACGAUCCCAACAACUACCACGUGGCACGUACAAAGUCAGUCUUCUUCAGCCUGGAAGGCGGUGUGCUGCGCGUCAUGGAGACCAGGAUGAAAGUACCAAAGAGAACAGUGUGGGAUGAGCCCAAGCGGAAGUACAAGUUCACCAGGAAACGCGUGUAUAAUCUCACCGGUGCGAAGGUGGAACUGCUACCGGAUGGGCUCAUUCGAAGGAGGAGAUGGAGUAAGAAAUAUCCAAUUUGUAUCACGAUGGAUCGCGGAGCGUUGAUAGACAGCACGACAUUGAGCAACUUGGCGAACGGGUUCGAGAAGGAUACCUUCGAGGACGAGAAGAGGAUUUCGCAGAUGGAAGGAGCCAACGAAGGGGGCGAUGAAAGUACCUUGGGCGAGGAGACGAAGAGUGACGAUGAAGAUUCCAUAUUAGAGGCUUUCAAAGACAACGAAGAGGAGGAAUUGAAGAUCGACGAAGACGAGGACGAAGACGAUCUUUCGCAGUCGAAAUCCCUCAGGAGUAUUUACGAGGAUUGUCGCGACGACGAGGAGAUUACCAAAUGCAAGAUAUACGUGUUUGCGCGCGCCGAUCGAGAAAAGGAAGACUGGUUUCGGAGAUUGACGUUGGCAACGUCUGUCUCGAAGAAACGACACUCCACCUGCUCCGUGAACGAUUGCGCGAACGUAAGCCCGGCCCAGCCGGAUACGGCGGAAGUGAAAUUGCUCGAAGUGUCGCCCGAAGUCAGCUACAACACGUAUAUGAGCAAGUACCUGGAUGUGGAUCCCGAGGGUUCCCCGAGGGAGAACGACGUUCUCUGGACAAACUGCCUUCUGGGACGGCUGCUGUUCGACAUGCACGACUGCCCGGAGACGAUCAAUCUCAUUCAGGAUAAGAUCCAGCGCAAGCUCUCCAACAUAAAGCUUCCAUACUUCAUGGAGAGCCUCCUGGUGUCGGAAGUUGUGAUCGGACAAGAGCCUCCGACGAUUCAUAAGGUCACCAAGCCGACGCUCGACGAGCGUGGACUCUGGCUUGACCUGAACAUCACCCACAAGGGCUAUCUGACGAUGACCGUGGAGACGAAGCUGAACCUGAUGAAGCUGACGCGCGCGAGCACCGUUUCCAGCGACGUCGUCGACGAGAAGUCGGCCCCCACCAGAUCACCGAUGUUCGACAGCGACGUAGAGGACAGCCCGGAAACGUCCACGGAAGACGAAGAUGUCGGGAAUAUCGCGUCGUGCGACCACAAGGACGGCACGCCGACACAGUCUUCCGGCAAGAAAUUCCUCAGCAUGGUCGACAAGUUGACAGCCAACAAGUACUUCCAACACGCCACGGAGUUAUCUUACAUACGAAGGGCGAUGGAGGGUGUCUCCAACAAGGAGAUUCGCUUUAUGGUGAGCGUGUCUGGCAUCGAAGGCUGCCUUUCGGUGAACAUUCCUCCGCCACCUUCCGACCGACUCUGGUACGGCUUCAAGACGGUGCCGAAGAUUGCUCUCACCGUGAAACCAGCCCUCGGCGAGAGGGCCGUCAACAUCGCGUACGUGACCAAGUGGAUCGAGACCAAGCUGCUCAGGGAAUUCGAGAAACUAGUUGUCCUGCCAAACAUGGACGAUUUAGUCCUACCACUCUGCCCAAAUUAUCCGUUUGUUGCGACGUAAAAGUGAGAUCGUCUUGCGUCGGUGAAAGAUGUCUCCUCGUUCAACUCUUUUAGUUUCUUAGUUUUUGUAUUUUCUAUUUGUAAUGACUUUGUCUAUUUUUUUUUUUUCUUAUGUGAUUCUUUUCUGUGAUCACGAUUUUUAUACGAUCGUGUGUGUGUUGAGAGAGAGAGAGAGAGAAAGAAAUGGAGAAGUUUUUCUUUCCUAUGUACUACGAUUUACCGAAAUUUUCGUAAGAAAUGCCUGCGAGAGAGAAAACGAAAAUGAGGAGACUUUCGAACUUCUCGUGGAUGAGAAUGACGUAACUUUAAUUGUUUUUACAUAUGAUUUUUUAAUGUUAUCGUUAUUAUGUUGUUUACACACCGCCGAGUGCGUUCAACCUGUUACGUAUUACGCGAGUGUAUAACAUAGAAAGAGACAGAGAAAGAGAGAAAGAGCGCGAAAGAAAGAAAAAAAAGAUUGUGAUAUCGUCCGUUAUAAGUUACAUUACGGAUAUUAUUUUUACAUUUUAUAAAAAUUAACAAGAGAGAGAAAAAGAGAGAGGAAGGGGGAGGGGAGAUUAAACUCGCCACGCGAGUGAAGCAUUGUUUUUAUUAGAAUAUUAUAAGAGAAAAUAUAGCGAACGAGGGGAGAGAGAUAAAGAUAGAGGAGUAAAGCGAUUUAAUCAACGUUAAGUGCAAAACUUGCUGCAGAUUGUUUAACUGUACAAUUGUAAAUAUUAGGAAAUCGAUCCCGUGCCAGCCGUCGCGUCAUUCCAGAGGGAGAAGAGAUACGCGUCGACGUUUGUGUGAGCGUGUUCAAUUAAACAUUUGAUUACGCGGCAGCUGAUGAGGGUGUAUUUUGCUAAUUUAUUGUUAACACACGGGUAUCAUUGGGUGGGUGUCAUUGAAUGAAUUGCAAUGAAAUCAAACAAUCGGCAAAUUUAGCCAGGUCAGAUCGACGAAACCAUCAAGUAGUUGAGAAUCAUGUGUAUGAAACGAAAUAAAAACAGCCACGAAGCGGUAGAGAGCCCUCUUUUCACGCUUUAGCAUUUGAUUUUGUAAUCAGCAACGAUCGAAUGAGCAAACGUUGCAAUUGUAGCUCGACGAAAUGCGCGAGGGAGAAAUGUGUGAUGUAUACGGCGUUGGUGCGAUUUAUCUGGGAAGAUAAAAUGCAACAGCGCGUGGAACUAAAGUUUCGAGCAAGCGCGAGCUAAGAUAUCGAUUUUGCGCGAACGAACCGUUAUAAUAUGAGAAUACGGAGCCGUGUUACGUUAACCACGCGCGGACUACAACGAUUAAAUGAUACGUAAAUUUUGUACGAUACGUAAAUAUGUAAAUUUUUAUCUCCAUAGACUGUGUUACGGAUGGCUUUCUAACGGAUGUCAUAGCAGAAAGAUUGACUCCCCAUCUCUGAUCGAUCGGCCGCCGAGUGAGCUUCUUGAUCGUUCAAUGAUAUCAAGUCCUACAUCUAUCGUGAUAUCGUUCGUGAAUGCGAUCGUAACGUUCGUCGCGACGAUUCUCGAACGCCGUCGCCGUCAGACCCGUCGUAAAACUCUGUAUGUAAUUUGGACUUUUAAUCCGGAUUUACAAUAGGUGUAAUAGAUGUAAUAAGCUUUCAGGCUUUUGCUCAGAGGAUUAAAUUGUAACGUAAUUUCUAAUAAAAAGUGUUUCCGGCGCUAUUCCAAAGAUUUAAGAUUUAAGCGUUAUUUUAUUGCUUAGAGAGCUAAAAAAAGCUUAAAAGUUGACUACAUCUAUUGUAGACACGGACUUGAUUUACAACGUUCGCUUGACUUUGCAGCCAAUUAGAUGUUUCUAAUGGAAUAUUAAAAACAUCUGAUUGAUAGAGGAUUGAUAACGAUUUGUAGACGACGUUUCUUUCCUAAUGAAUGAUGUUACGACCGAUGUAGACUUCUACACGAAAGAAAGCAUAAAAACGUUCACGGAUAUGUAUGAUCGUACGUGUGAGAACGAGUAUACGAUUUGCACGUACUUACUAGUCGGCUGCUUGAUCUAUGGGCUGUGUCAUUUUGUUUGAUACUAUAAAAAGAUAUAUGUGUGAACGUUGUGUAUUUGCGUGUCUCAGGGAGAUUCUAAUAUAGAAGUCAAUCCUAGAGUCACAACGUGAUUUUGUUAGAUAAAAGCCACAAUAUUCUUAAACGUAAGGGGCGGAGGGGGGGACUUUUUAUUGUACAAGCGUAAGAGAUAUUACGUUGAAAAGGCCGAUUCAUGAGUUCAACGACAUUAUAUAAUAUAUAUAAAGCUUAUUAUGCAAUAAAGAAAAUAUAUUUUGUAAAGAAUUUUUCAGACGAUGUUUUACGUUCAAGAUUUGGACCAUCGUCGAUCUCACGUUGUGGUUCUAGAGUUAAAAUACAAAGCUGUAUAUUGUAACGGUUUUUGCAGAAAUAAAUUAUUGUAAAUUGCCA